CAAUAGCUAUGUGUCUUACAAGAACUUUAUUAUUUAGUCUUAAAAAUGAAUGGUUUGAACCUAAAUGUCACAAUUCUUACUGUGUUUCUAUGUGUGGUAACCAAUUCUGCUAUAGUUGUGGAUGUUUCUUACAAAAAUUUCAACAAGGUUAGAAAAGAUGAACCAUUUUCUGUAUUCCUGAUGGUCGCUAAAAAUUGUGAAAAAUGCCGCUUACUUUACCCGAAAUUUGUGGCAUCUUCACAAGCCUUCAAAGACGACUCAUCUGUUCUCUUUGGUCGCGUCAAGGACACGAAAUUGGCAUCAGAAUGGGACGUCACCUCUUUUCCGUCCUUGGUUUUCUUUGAAAAAGGUGGCAAACACCCUAUGAGAAACAAAGGUGAUAUUACUGUGGAUACCGUAACUGAAUACGUGUCUAAAGCACUGGGGAAGGAUACCACCGCAGUUCGACGUCACUAUACAACAGAACUGACAACUACUAAUUUUUAUGAAAUCCUUGCGAUUCCUCGACAAUUCAAAUUUCUACUUCUAUACAAAAGAGAACAUGAGGAAGAAGUUGCUAGGAUUGAAAGGUUUGCCGAAAUUUUCAAAAAAGAUGACAUCCUUGCUUUCCUUCGUCUUGACGUACUAAGAGAACCAAAUUUGGCAGCACAGUUUGAAACACGAUUAUAUCCCGCCCUCUAUUGGUAUUCAGACGAUGAACGUCCAACAAAAGCAAGAUAUGGCGGGAAAAUAGAUGAUAUUCAACUUCUUGAAUUCAUCAAAGAUCAGACGGGUAUUCAACGAACGAAAUCCGGAGCUUUGGUUGAAAAUGCCGGAAGACUUGCUGAUUUAGACGACUUUAUAUCGGAGAAGAUCAAUUUAAUUACAAAAGCUAAAAACAUGGAUAAAAUCAUAGCUGAAGCAAAGAAGAGGGCGGCCUAUCAUAAAAAAGAUUUAGCCAAAUAUUAUAUUUACCUCUUGAAAGAAAUCAAAAAAGCAAAAACUAUCGAUGUCCUAGAUGACGAAAGGGCGGCGAUUAACAGAGCUUUAUCUGAAGAUCCUGGACCCAAGACAUCUGAGGCUCUAAUAAAAAUGAGAAACAUAAUCCAUGGAAUAAUAGACGCAACAGGGGCUGACCUCCAUAAAAGUUCUGGUGAUUCACAGUUCGUAAUGAACAGGGAAGCACGCGAGGUCAAACUGAAUAUAGACGAAGAAGUGGUAUAUCUCGACAAUGGUGAGGAAUUUCGAGCAACCGGUGACGGUAGAACUGUUAAGGUUAAAAAGAAGGGAAAACAAAAGAAAAAGGCGCCUAAGAAAGACAAAGAGCAUCAACAUCUCCACGACGAGUUGUAGUUACGGAAGAUGUUCAAAUCAAUGAGGUCACAAAAGCUUGAAGAAUGGAAAAUUCAUUGAGGAAUAGAGUAUGUCGGCACAUACCGGAAGCUAACGAGUGACAAAACUUUCAUAAAUAGAUCAUAGAAAAGCAUGCAAAUUCGAAAUGUAUACAAGGGUUAAGAAAAGAAGGUUUCUUUAAUAUUGACAUAUUUCUUUUUUAUUUGUUAGUUUGCAGACAAUUUUGUAAUUUGAUACAGUCUUAAGUCAAACCAAACCUUUAUAAAGAAGAAGUGUUUUGAUUGAUUAUGAACACAUUUUAAGUAAUCUUUGCACCAUUUUUCCUCAAGUUUUA